AUGUACUCUCAACCGACAUCUUAAUUGGACCCUUCAUUACAAGGAAAUGUUUAACCUUAGAAUCAGCAAUAGCAAAUGCCUUAUAAUGGGUACUAGUAGACAAAUAUGACAGGAUAAACAGUUAUGCCCUAAGGAUAUUCUGAUUAGCAGAAUCCUUAGAUGAUAAAUUAGAAUAUGUACGCCUAAUAAGCACCAUACCCUGGUUAGCAAACAAUGGUUCAAGGAUAGCCUUAGCCUUAUGCUUAUGGAUAACCAAAUCCCUAUGGUCAAAUGCAACAACCAGUAAUCAUAGUACAAUAACCAAUGAUUAAUCCUUAAUAUAACCAGUAUGAUCAAUGGGAUCCAUAUAAUAGAAGAUAUUAAAGAGCAAAUACAGCGACAGUAGUUCCAUAAUCAAAGCAUGGUCUACAUCCAAGAAGUAUCGAAUGUCCUCAUUGUAAGAAAGUGAUGACUACUAAAGUUAAAAGGGAAUCGACCUCAACUCAAUUCCUUUUCUGCGUUAUUUUAGUAUGUGUCCUUCCUCCAUAUUGCUGCAUUCCCUUUUGCCUACCAGGAUGCUAUUCACACAAACAUUUUUGCUCAAGUUGUGAAAAAAAUGUAGAUUGA